AUGCUUGUUGCGUCGAUCCUGAAGGUAUUUUUCUGGUUCGGCGACUACUAUUCCGUUGCGCUCCUCGCGCAGGCUGUCCUUACGAUCGGAGUGCAAUUUGUACUGUUGAAGGUUGCCCUGGAUAAUCGACCGGCGCCUGGCCAGAAAAGCGGGGUGGCUCAUAUUCCCUUCAGCGGCGCGGAGGACCGGCUCGUGAGGCCGUACGAUUUUUGGCAGUGGAAGCAUACACGGCCAUACUAUUUGUUCAUUGCCUACUUCGUCGGAGUUCUCUCUUUCAUUCACCUCCUGACGCCGAUCUCUAACUCUCCGACCUACAUCAAUUCAUUGGGUUAUUUGGGCUUGGCUAUUGAGGCGACAUUACCUCUGCCGCAGGUAAUCGCCAAUCACCAAUCUCAAUCAUGCAAGGGAUUCCGGCUGUCCGUUUGCGCCGCAUGGAUUCUAGGUGACGUGAUGAAACUGAGCUACUUCUUCACCAGUGCGCAAGUAAUCCCGUGGGCCUUUCGGCUGUGCGCCAUCUUCCAAUGUAUCUGCGAUGGCUACCUAGGCGUGCAGUUCUGGCUGUAUGGCUCAGGUUCAGGGAGUGCCGGAAGCCCGCAGCAACGUCUCGAGAGCGAGAUUCCACUGGAAGAAAAGGACAUUCGAAUGAAUUGA